CUGUUUACAAAGAAACUUUUGUUCCUUUUCUUUCAUCGCCCAUCUUUGAGCAACAAAUCUCGCCUGAACUUCGGGCUCGAUACUGCGUAUACUGUCAGUGUCUCUGAGGAACCUAACAAACAACUUGCACUUAGUCUACUUACAAGAGUUUAGAAAUCUUGAUUUAAAAGAUUAUCAUUGCUGAUAAGAUGAAGUCUUUCUUGAGUCUUGGUAUUGGAAAAUCAGCAUCUGUUCUUGAGGCUCCAAAACCAGCAAGUGGCAUUCUACCACACCAAGAGGAAGAAAGCCUAGCCAAUCUCUGGGUUGAGAUAACCAAAUCUGAAGCUGGCUGUUGCAAGAUCUUAAGUGAAGUUCGAAAUUACAGAGAGGCUAUUAAAGACAUACAAGAAGCUGAGGAAAAACUCCUGAAAGAUUUGGGUUCUUCUGGCUUGACAGCAAUUUCCCCACAGAUGCAGCAGGCAACAGAUGAGUACCUCUCUGUUGUCAUGGAGAUGAAACCUAAAAGUGAAGAGAUAAGUUUAGCUGUUCAGCAGGUGAUGGGUGAUCCAGUGAAGCAGUACCAAGCACUGUAUGAGCCCCUUGAUGCACUACGUAGGCGGCGAGAUGCUCAACUUGUUGUAGUUCAAAAAUGUCAAGAUAAGCUGGAUCGAUUAAAAUUAAAG